AUGGAGUCUGCUACGUCCCAUUACCAUAGAAAUAAAAUACGUCAGAGACUAUCUGUGAGAUACAAUCUUGACGGAGAUAAUGUGGAUCACGUGAUCAAUAACAACAACUACAACAACAACAAAAGCAAUAACAGCCAUAAUAUGUAUCGACGCAGUAGCAACAACAAUAGCAAUAGUUAUAAUAAUAAUAAUAAUAAUAAUAAUAGUAAUAAUAAUAAUAAUAAUAACUACAAAAACAUCAACAGCAAACCACAAAAGAAUCAUAAGAACAUUAACAGUAACAAUAAAUUUCAUCACAGACACAUUCACAACACAUUACAUGACUAUGAAUUUGUCCACUACAACAACAACAACAGCAGCAACAACAACAGCAACAGCAGCAACAACAACAACAACAACAACAGCAACAGCAAUAACAACAACAUCAGCAACAUUAAUAACCUCAACGACAUGGACACCGAUGACGGCAACCAGAACAUGAAAUGGCUUACAGGCAAUCAAUUUUCCAACAACGAAAUUAAGUACAACAACAGAAACAACAACAAAAGCAAUAACAACAAUAACGAUAACAAUAAUAACAAUGACGUCGGUAAAAAUAUCAAAACCAAAAUUACAAACGACCUCAUGGAGAGCGAUAAUUAUUUACCCUUUAUUAGCCCUGGAAAAUCCAUCAACUCCACAACAGCAGCUACGGCGACAGCCACAACAGUUUACGCCCACCACGGCCACAAAACCGCCAACAACUUUACCAACAACAAUAACAACGGCAACUAUGUUGUACACUCCAACCAACACAACAUCAACAACAACAACGGCACAACAACAUCAGCCGCCAUUUUUUCACUCCUCCCAAUAUGGAUGACGUCGACGGCCGUUCUUUCACUCCUUGUAGUGGCUUCACUAGCUGCACUAGCCGGCAUAUUCUACCUGAUUAUAUAUUUCAAGAGUAUAAAACCCAUGACAGCAAGGACAAGUAGGUACUGCCAUAACAAAUUAGGCGUUCAGCAUCACCACAAUGUUCAUCAUCAUAAGCUUGCCGACGAUGAUAUUAAUCCGAGAUUACGAAGCACUCAUCCGUUUUUUAGGCGCGCCUGA